AUGGUUAUGAUUGACGAAGCGGAGAUGCGGAGAACCGAACCGGAAACAGCUGUUUCGAGUUCCAGUGAUGGUAAGAUCGUUGCAGAUACUCCUGAUUCAAUCGACGGAUCCUCUGUAGUCGUUCGGAGAUCCACCGGAGUCCGAAUCUCAGCUCAGCAAAGCCUUGAGGAAAUUAUCGGUUCGAAUGUAUCUAAACCGGAUCCAACCGAUAUUUUGCCGGAGAUUUCUACUUUUGAGGUAAUCGGUGACGAUUCUGUUACUCUUUGUGAUAUUGCGAAUAAAGAGAUCCGUGUGAAAGAGGAACCCGAGAAUCUAGUUUCUGAUCAGGAAGAAGAAAUGAUGAUUGAUUCUGUGGUUGAAACUGUUUCAAGAGAUUCAUGUUUUGAUUGCAACGUGAAGCUAGAGGUUGAGGAGGAGCCUGAAUCGCAUGCUCAAGAAGAAGAAAUGAUCGUUGAUUCGAUAGCAAAAUCUGUCGUCGAAACCGUUUCAAGAGGUUCAGAGUACGGUCGUGUUAAUGUCAAUGUCAAGGUCAAGGAAGAGCCUGGUUUAGUAACUUUAGCCAUAAGAAGUGACAUGGAGACUGAACAAUCAAUACCAAAUGGUGUCAUCAUCGCGCUAAAGCAUGAGAAUCUGGAUACCCCUGAAGUUAUUGAAGUGGAAUCAGAUUCUCUGAAUCCCUUAGUGAAACAAGAGAGGAGUGAUACGCAUGAUGUGAAGAUGGAACCGGUUGAGGAAACAAAGGUGGAUGCUUUGAAAGAAUCGGAGAUUGAGCAAUCUAUACCAACUGGUAUCAUCUUGGCGCCGAAGCCCCUUCAAUUUAUUAAAGUGAAAGAUGAGAAUUUGGAUUCCCCUGAAGUUAUUGAUGUGGAGUCGGUUAAUGUGAAGAGGGAACCGGUUGAGGAAACAAAGGUGGAUGCUUUGAGUUUGAGCUUGCAAGUGAAGGAAACGAAACAGAGACCUGUGUAUGUGAAGAAGGAGACGGUUGAUGCAAGAAGGGUGAAAGUGGAAGAUGGAGAUUUUCCGGUGGAGAAAGAUUGGUUUUUGGUCGGGAGGUCGCUUGUCACAGCUACUUCGACGAGUAAAGGAAGAAAGAUAGAAGAUAACGAGGUUGUGAACUUCACAUUCCCCUCUACUGUGAACUGGAAAGUCCCAAACAUUGUUCGUUUCUCUACUAAAAGAUGUGGAGAGAUUGGUAGGCUUCCGAUGGAAUGGUCGAAUUGGGCUGUGUGCCUUUUGAGAUCAGGUAAGGUCAAAAUGCUAGGCAGAUGCGUAGCAGCGCCACCAUUUCUUCAAAUGAUGCAAGACAUAAUGCUAUAUGUCAGCUUCUACAUCCACAGCUCGAUAUUCACUGACGUUAGCAAAUCCACUUGGCGUAUCGGUUCUUCCCCAGACGCUGAGUUUACUCCUCAGGAGCUUGACUCUCGCAAACAUUCGCUGAACUUGGAGGAUGACUCAGACGAAAGAGCAGCAUUGUUGGCCAUAGCGAAAAGAAGAAAAGGUUCUCAACAUUAUCUGGAACAGAGCAAAGAUGAAGAAGAAGAAGAUGCUCCUGAGUCAUAUAUGAACCGCGUUGUUGGCGCUGCAGAUUCUUACAACCUAAAGGAGAUGGAAGCUCCAAGUACACUCACGUGUAACCUGAGACCAUACCAGAAGCAAGCACUCUACUGGAUGUCAGAAUCUGAAAAAGGAAUCGAUGUUGAUAAGGCAGCUGAAACUCUACAUCCUUGUUGGGAGGCUUAUCGAAUCUGUGACGAGAGGGCACCUUCAAUUUACAUGAACAUCUUCAGCGGUGAAGCAACGAUCCAGUUUCCAACAGCAACACAGAUGGCAAGAGGCGGAAUAUUGGCAGAUGCAAUGGGACUUGGAAAAACAGUGAUGACAAUUGCACUAAUACUUGCACGGCCAGGCCGUGGAAACCCGGAAACUGAAGAUGACUUGGCUUCAGAUGUUUGUGUGGAUAAACCUAAGAGGAAGGAGAAUCAUCAUACCGCACUAACGUCUGUGAAGGCAAAAGGUGGCACUCUUAUUGUUUGUCCUAUGGCAUUGUUAAGCCAAUGGAAGGACGAGUUUGAGACACAUUCCAAGCCUGACACAGUGUCUGUCUUGGUUUACUAUGGAGGGGAUAGGACACAUGACGCUAAAGCAAUAGCGAGCCAUGAUGUUGUCUUGACAACUUAUGGUGUCUUAACAUCAGCUUACAAGCAGAACAAGCUUGAAGAUCUUUAUAGUCUCCUAUGCUUCUUGCAUGUUGAACCAUGGUGCAAUUGGGCUUGGUGGAGUAAGUUGAUUCAGAAGCCUUAUGAAAAUGGCGAUCCACGAGGACUGAAGCUGAUCAAGGCGAUUUUGAGGCCAUUGAUGCUGAGAAGAACAAAGGAAACAAGGGACAAAGAAGGAAGCUUGAUUCUUGAACUUCCUCCAACGGAUGUCCAAGUCAUUGAAUGUGAACAAUCCGAAGCAGAACGUGAUUUCUAUACUGCCCUUUUCAAGAGAUCCAAAGUCCAAUUUGACCAGUUUGUGGCACAAGGCAGAGUUCUUCACAACUAUGCAAACAUCCUGGAGCUCCUCCUCCGUCUACGCCAAUGUUGUAACCACCCUUUCCUAGUUAUGAGCCGAGCAGACUCGCAACAAUACGCUGACUUAGAUAGCCUCGCAAGGAGAUUUCUUGAUAACAACACUGACUCUGAUUCCCAAAAAGCUCCUUCUCGGGCUUAUAUCGAAGAAGUCAUCCAAGAUUUACGCGAUGGCAACAGCAAAGAAUGUCCAAUAUGUCUAGAGUCUGCAGAUGAUCCCAUCCUCACACCUUGCGCUCACAGAAUGUGCAGAGAGUGUCUUCUUACUAGCUCGCGCUCUACGUCUUGUGGUCUAUGCCCAAUCUGCAGGACAAUCCUGAAGAAAACAGAGCUUAUCUCGUGCCCGACGGAGAGUAUAUUCCGCCUUGAUGUUGUUAGAAACUGGAAGGAGUCUUCAAAGGUCACAGAGCUUCUCAAUUGCUUAGAGAAGAUCAAGAGAUCUGGUUCUGGUGAGAAGAGCAUUGUGUUUAGCCAGUGGACUUCGUUUUUGGAUCUUCUCGAGAUACCGUUGCGAAAAAGAGGAAUCGAGUUUCUUAGAUUCGACGGGAAGCUUGCUCAGAAGGCGAGAGAAAAGGUCUUGAAAGAGUUCAACGAAACCAAACAGAAAACGAUUCUGCUUAUGUCUCUGAAAGCUGGAGGAGUUGGUCUGAAUCUUACCGCAGCUUCAAGCGUCUUCUUGAUGGAUACAGUGGAGGAACGGAUGCAGCAAGUUCAGGCAAGGAAGCAGCGGAUGAUCGCCGGAGCUUUGACCGAUGAAGAAGUCCGGUCGGCAAGACUUGAGGAGCUCAAAAUGUUGUUCCGAUAAGAGAUAUUUCAUAACAUUGUUAAGUUAGUCUUUUAAUGCAAGGAGAAAGGUUUUUUUUGUUUUGUUUAUGUACUUUGCAUUUUUAAACUUUAUAAAAACUGAUAAAUCAGUUUGUACAUAGCAAUUAGAAAUUUUGCAACGGUA